AUGGGGAUAUUUGAAGCAAUUGUUUUAGUGCUUUUGCCCCACGUUGUAUGCAAGAUCCCAAAGGCUAAAUGCAGCAUCAGUGAGCCUCUGCCUUUUCUUCACAAGGAAUACCAACCAGGAGACCUCAUUAUUGUAGGCAUUUUAUCGAAGAUCUACAUCUUCUGUUCCAUGAUGGACUUCAGUAAAGCCCCUUCUAGUGAUCUCUUUGAUGAUAUUCUGGUCAUGACACCAAUUUAUCAGCAAUUCCUGGCUUUGCAAUUUACUAUUAAAGAGAUCAAUGAAAAUCCCCAGAUUUUACCUAAUCAUACCUUGGGCUUCUAUAUCUUUAACAGCUAUUUUAGUGCAAGUUGGACUUAUCGUGGCUCGUUAGAACUGUUCUCUGCUCAGGGGAGGUUCAUCCCUAACUACAACUGUGACAUGCAAAACAGACCAAUAGCUGUCAUUGGAGGACCAACCUCUGCUGUUGGGUUCCAUAUGACAACCCUCCUAUCUGUUUACAAGAUGCCACAGUUCAUCUAUGGUUCAGCUCCAGAGAUGACUACAAAAACACAGGUCACUUUAUAUCAACAGAUGUUUCCAAAUGUUGAUCUUCAGUACAAGGGAAUUCUUCAGUUACUCCUACAGUUCAGAUGGACAUGGAUUGGGGUAGUUUAUAUGGAUAAUGAGAAUGGUGAAAAGUUUGUACAUGAUGUGGUUCCCAUGUUUUCCCAGAGAGGUAUCUGCUUCGCUUUCAUUGAAAAUUCACCCACUGUUACUUAUUCCAAUGACAUUAUUGAUACAGUGGAAGCUGGGAUUAAAAUGUUCAAUGUUAUCAUGAAAAGCACUGCUAAUGUGGUGAUAAUUCAUGGUGAAAUUGAUGACAUGAUAGUUUUGAGACUAUUUCCUGCUGUGUCAAAAUUGGAAGGAAUACCACUAUUGACAAAAGUUAAGGUGUGGGUUAUGACAGCACAGAUGGAUUUCAUGUCACUUCCCUUUCAAAGAAAUGAGGAGAUAGACUUUCUCCAUGGGGCUCUAUCCCUUUCAAUUCACUCAAAGAAAGUGUUAGGAUUCCAGGAAUUUCUUCAGAUGAGAAAGCCUACCUUUGACAAAGAUGAUAGGUUUAUCAAGCUGUUCUGGAAAAGUGCAUUUGAAUGCUCAUUCUCCAACUCCAUGAUAGAUGAGGAAGAUGGAGUCCUCUGCACUGGAGAGGAGAAACUGGAGACUCUUCCCACACCUGUGUUUGAAAUGGACAUGACUGGCCACAGCUACAGCAUCUACAAUGCAGUCUAUGUGGUAGCACAUGCUUUGCAUGCCAUGUUCUCAUCUGCAUUCACAUUUAGAGCAAAAAAACAUGAAGCCAAACUGAACAUAAUGGAAAAGCAGUUCUGGAAGGUAAAAUCUUGA